CAUUCUAUUAUCUAGUCUGUUCUCCAACCCCAGCUUCACUCUGUGUAUGUGUCAUUUCAAUGGAUUCUUGCAAAUCUCCCACACGUGGCUAUCUGACGUACCCAAUGGUAUAUUAGGGUCUGCAAGGUGGGUAUCUAUUGCAAAUCUGAUGCGUUGCUGCAAAGAUGGCCUUAAAGGUAAGUGAAGAGAAAUUCUACUAAAUUCUAUUGUAAAAGAAGAUGUUAUCAAAUUAAACAGAUAAUGUAUGUAGAACCUGGGAAGUGUAUGUAAAUGAUUGCUUGGAGAUACUCUGAGGUCUUGGACCUAAUGAGUUUAUUAAUAUCUAAAGGUAUUGUCCAAAAGCUAUAUUAUAGGUUCUGUUCACUAAAUUAUUUCUCAUAUGGAACCAAUUAGAGCACUAGUAAGUAACUCCAAUGAUAUAUCUCUAGCAAAGCACAGUCAUUUAGUAAUCUAGGUUGAAAAAUAAAUAAAUAAUGCCUAUAGUUACAUAAUUAGUGACAGUGCCACUUUGAUGCCCUGUAUUUUGACUUAAUUAUACUGCGCAGUGUUGGUACAGGGUUGAUGCACCAUGGCUUGAGAUUAUUACUGCAUGUGUUGUAAAGUUUAUAAUUAUAGACUUAUAGAAAACUCUCUCUUCAUUAAUGGGACACUGAAGUCACUAUAACCACUUUGUCUCUUUGAAUUGGUUAUAGUGCCUGGAGUGGCCUGGCACUGUCCCUCCAUUCAGUGUUGCACCAUAUUUGUGCAGUAUGCCACAAAAUAAGAGUCCCUGGCCACCCACAGUCCGGCCCCUUCUGUAUGUGUAGCUAAGGCAGAGAUUACACACUUCCUUGUUGUCAUAACCAUUCAUACCGUCAGUUGGAGCUCUGACAGGUUAAAAGCAGUCAGCUGACACUCUCAGCCAAUCACAGCUGACCAUUGCUGCUCAGGGUAAAACUUUCUUAUUAGCCAAAGCAGCACAGAGGGGAUGGACUGCCGGGGUCUCUUGUUUAGCACUAAAACAUUACAACAUUAAAAACUGUUUAAAGAAAUGAUGGCACCAGGGGACUCCAUACACUAUAACCAGUUUAAUCAGAUGAAGCAGAUACAGUGCCUACGGUGUCCCUUUAAUAUCUCAAUCUGAGCUAUAGAAUUUUGGGCGGUUUUGGGUUUGACAUUGGACAUGGUAUAGGGUGGGGUGAAGUCAAGGUGCUAUACAAUUUACCCUUGAGCCGAAGCCCCUGGUGUUUUUACCAUAAUUCCAUUAAAGCCCCCUAGAUUAAAUUGCCAUCGAACUGCUUAAAUAAGUAUACGUAUGUGCAACCAACUUAUUUUGUUCUGAGUUUAACUGGUCAGUGCUUCCAAAAACCUAGGUGUGUUGGAGAGUCCCACCAAAUAGUGAUCAAACAAUUGUGAAAUUUAGUGGAACACCUUGGCUACUUUAUUAAUCAUUGCUGAGACUAUAUUAAGCACCAUAAUCGCUAUAACUUCUUUUACUGGUUAGCUAUAUUUGUAAGCUAUUGUUAAACAGUUGCCUUGAUUGUGAUAUUCAUAUUAGUGUCUGAUUCUGGGGCUCCACCACUUUGUCAAUGAUGUCAUACGAGGAAUUAUAGCCUCCGCACUAAAUUGUAAAAGUAUUUGCCUUCUCUUGCAAGUGUCCUUCACUUGCAGGAACCGUGAUAUGACCGCGCAUGCACACAGCACGGUUCUCUGCCUAGCUGGAUUAACUGUGAACGGAAUUGGGCUAGGAAUUGCGAUGUGUGUAUGCUUUGCAGUUAUUACGUUGUGGUCUUUCAGUGCCAUCCAGCACAUAUGUUGAUCUUCUCUCCCUGUUUUCCUCCUGGUUGGCCCUUCCACAUGCCUACAACUGUGUGGCCCUAUAUGUGAUACCUGGUGCCACACACAUUGCCUAAAGAAAGAAUUCCAUCUAAUUUGCUCUGAAAUAUCUCUAUAUUAAUAUUCUCUAAGAUUAUCUUUCCAUUUACUGGUAGAUGGUUUAAUAUGUAGUUAGUUUAUAUUAAAGGGACUCUACAGUCAAAAGAACCACAGUGUAAUGGUUCUGGGGCCAAGAGAAUAUCCCUGCAGGCUGAGCAUUCUAAAUGCUGCUUUUUUUUUCUUGAUCUUGUUUAUUGACUAUCAUUUGGAUAGACAUCAGAGGGACUUCCUGGACGAGGUCCUCCAAUCUUUGCAGGACCUGUGUUUAGCGUCGCCAUGCAAAGCAUGAAAACACUAAACACUCCCCAUAGAGCACGGCGAUUUACAGCGUAAGCAUUAAAUUGGCAAGACUGAUAGUGUCAGCCAAGGAGGCAGUACAACAGUAUAGAAACCAGCAUGGCAAGGGUUAACUUAUUUUUGAAUGCACACACAGGUGGAGGUGAAGGGGAGAAGGGGACACCUCAGUAAUUAUAGAACACUACAGCAUUAUAUGUUUGUGUUCCUAACGCUAUACUGUUCCCUUAACACCUUAAUAAAAUCAACCAGCAAUAUACAAAAGAAGUGAGAACAUUCUUAAAAAAAAAAUGCUAACUAAAAUAAUGUUACAUAUUCUUCGUAAUGUAAGAAAAGCAUUGAGUGGAUUUAGUUGAAAGGUAUUAAAAAAAUACCUUAAGUGUAAUUCAAAACAUGAUUGGUAAAUAAAGAGACCCUCGGUAUAAUAUCAAAAUGUUUAAAUAAUUAAAACGCAAGAUGUGCACAUUUCUCAUUCUAGUUCUUAAUUAUCUUGUAUGAGUUAGUAACUAGCAGUCAUUAUUAGAGGCUAAUUACUUUGCCAAAUUGAUUGCCACCCUGGAGGCUAUAAUUUGAUAAAAAUGUAAUUAGUUGUCUUGACAAAUAAGCCACCUGAUGUCCUAUUACAAAUUCACUUCUAAAGUAUAAUUGACUGUUAAUUUUCCUAGUGAUAAGAAAACUUUUCAGUUUAAAUAAGAGCUGGGCAAAUAGAAUCCAUAGACUACGUUUGCCACAAUUUUCUGAUUUUAAUGUCUUCUUGAAGUCAGAUACAAAGCGGAUUCGCUGAUUUGGGCUUAUAAAUAAACUACAACACAGAGAUGCAAAGCUUGUUGAUAGAAGGAGGAUUCUGACUCCCAUUUUGGGAUCAAGAAGGAUUUUUUCUUAGAUUUUCUCACCCAGUUGUUCUUCAAACUGUGGCGUUCAGACACAGAUUUAUGUGAAUGGCUGAAAAUAAUGGACUCCAGUCUUUUCAACCUAUAUUAGUCUUUUUAUAGACCUGUGUAACUAUGUAACAAUAAUAAUAUGACACCUACUAAAUCAGAAUAUAUUCUGAAUUACUCACAGUCUGGGUCAAGUUUAUACAUGUAUCUUUGUCUCCCUCUGUCUUAAUAAAGUAACAUUUAUUUAUAACUCAAUUAUUAAUAAAGCAGUCCAUGCAAACAAAAAAUACUGGCAACUACAGACAUCAGGAUUGUGUGAAACUUAAAGAAACACUCCAAGCACCAUAACCACUGCGGUGCGCUGUUUCAGACCGGUUUGACAACGUACUUGGGAUCCCCUGAGUAUCAGUCGCAUUCUUCAUUGAGAUCCUUGUUUGUGAGUGGCAACUGAUUGUCCUCAGUCAAUCAGUUAAGCCCUGCCACUGCCUGGCUAGCUCAGAGCAGAGCGCUUCCGGUUCUCAAUGAAGGACAUUACACUUUGAUUACUUACAUUGGAUGGGUGCCAAUGAAAAUUCCCCCCCAUGUGACAUCACAAUGCCCCACCCAUAUGAUGUGCCAUAUGAACUACCACCAGUGCUGCACACAGUGUGUGUUUACAUUAAAAAGCGUGCAGGGACAGGCUAUAGACACCAGAACCACUUCAUUAAGCUGCAAUGGUUCUGGGGACUAUAGUGUCCCUUUAAUGUGAGGUAAAUUAUCGAUUAGUGUCACUAAUAAUAUACUAGAUUGCCUACUUACAACCAGAUGAGGAUGAUGAUGGGCUGCGGUUUGGCUCCACUGGUCUGGUUUAGAACAGGAUCUCUGGAGGCUGUUUGUAACUGUGGUCACAAAAGUCAAUGUUCUGGGGGAACGGGAAGCAGCUCAAUUUUUUGGGGCCCCUUACACAGCUCAAGGUCUGGGCCCCAGAGCCUGACAGUGGGUAUGCCCAUAAGGCCCACCCAUAAGUCCACCUACAUGUUCCACCCAUGAGUUUGCUCACAAGGAGUGGAGUAAGUAGGGCAGGGCUGGACUGGGAGAAAAAUUCGGCCCGGGCAUUUUUUUAACACAGCGGCCCACUAAAAAGGGGGCGGGGCAGAGGAGGUGUGUUUUGUCAUCACCAAUGACAAACACGCCUCCUCUCAAAGUGAGCAUGUUGGUUCAAUGCUCUCCCAGGGCAGACCAUGCGCAGAGCUCUGCUGAAGAGCUCUAGCAUGAGAAAAAAGUCCUGUAUUUGUUCUGCACAGUGCAAGCAAAUUUAAUAACAUGCUUGCACUGUGUUUCCUUGCAACUUGUCUCUGGUGUCUUUAUAAAUGGAUACCAGGAGAAAAAAGGCCAGGAAAGAGUAUCGUGCAUGUGUUUGGAGCCUGCUUGUGGUAUUGUGUGUAGAGUGAGCUGGUCGUGGUGUGGUAUUGUGUAAUAAGGUCGGUUUUAGUCGUGUUGUGUUUGUGGUGUAAUGUGAUGCAUAUGUGGCUCAGGAACCCCUUCCCGCACGGCUCUGGAAAGGGGUUAAAACUUACCUUUUUCCAGUGCCGGGCGGGGAGCUCUCCUCCUCCGAUCCGCCCCGUCGGCUGAAUGCGCAACGGCGGCAAGAGCUGCGCGCGCAUUCAGCCGGUCGCAUAGGAAAGCAUUUAUAAUGCUUUCCUAUGGACGCUUGCGUGCUCUCACUGUGAUUUUCACAGUGAGAGUCACGCAAGCGCCUCUAGCGGCUGUCAAUGAGACAGCCACUAGAGGAAUUGGGGGAAGGCUUAACCCAUUGAUAAACAUAGCAGUUUCUCUGAAACUGCUAUGUUUAUAAAACAAUGGGUUAACCCUAGAAGGACCUGGCACCAAGACCACUUCAUUAAGCAGUGGGUGGGGGCCCAAAAUACUAAUAAGGGGGGGGGACCUAAUGUCCUCCCCCAAUGCCCCACUCCUGAGCGGUGGGUGGGGGCCCUACAGUAAAAUAAGGGGGGGGACCUAAUGUCCUCCCCCCUGGCCCACACCCCUGAGCGGUGGGUGGGGGCCCUAAAUACUAAUAAGGGGGGGACAUAUUGUCCUCCCCCUCGGCCCCCACCCCUGAGCGGCGGGUGGGGGCCCUAAAUAAAAAUGUUACCCCCCCAAAAAAAAAUUACCUAUACAUUAUUAAUUAUUGGUGGAUUAAGUAACCAAUUAGAGUGUUAUGAGUCAAAUUACACAGUGUGGGAAAAUUCAAAAGAACUUUCUCACGCUGUGUAAAAUGACACAGAGCACUCUGAUUGGUGGAUUUCAAGCCAACCAAUCAGAGUGCUGUGACAGGAAAAUAUAGAGACUUACCUGUCAGUCUCUUAAUUUACCUGUCAGAGCACUCUGAUUGGAUGGCUGAAACCCACCAAUCAGAGUGCUCUGAGCCUAAUUGCAGGGCGGGGCAAGGCUUUAUAAGCCUUGCCCCGCCCUGCAGAGCUCACUCUGCGCGGAGCCCUCCAUGGGUGAAGAUGGAUUUUUUUGCGUCGGUUAUUAUGGAUUUUUUAUUUGACCUUUUUAGGGGCUGAAAAAAUAAGAUUUUAGAAGAAAGAAAACAUCAAAUGGUAAGUUUUAUUUUUUUUACAGGUACUUAGUUAAAGGUCCCCCCUUAUUAGUAUUUAGGCAUCCCACUCUCCGCUCAGGGGUGGGGGCCAGGGGGGAGGACAUUAGGUCCCCCCAUUCUAAUUUAGGGCCCUCCCUGGGUGGGGGCCAGGAGGGAGGACAUUAGGUUCCACCCCUUAUUAGUUUUUAGGGCCCCCACCCACCGCUCAGGGGUGGGGGCCAGGGGGAGGACAUUAGGUCCCCCCCUUAUUCUAAUUUAGGGCCCCUACCCACCGUUCAGGGGUGGGGGCCAGGGGGGAGGACAUUAGGUUCCACUCCUUAUUAGUUUUUAGGGCCCCCACCCACCGCUCAGGGGUGGGGGCCAGGGGGAGGACAUUAGGUCCCCCCCUAUUCUAAUUUAGGGCCCCCACCCACCGUUCAGGGGUGGGGGCCAGGGGGGAGGACAUUAGGUUCCACCCCUUAUUAGUUUUUAAGGCCCCCACCCACUGCUCAGGGGUGGGGGCCAGGGGGAGGACAUUAGGUCCCCCUUUAUUCUAAUUUAGGGCCCCCACCCACCGCUCAGGGUUGGGGGCCAGGAGGAGGACAUUAGGUCCCCCCCUUAUACUAAUUUAGGGCCCCCACCCACUGCUCAGUUGUGGGGGCCAAGGGAGAGGACAUUAGGUCUCCUCCUUAUUAGUAUUUAGGGCCCCCACCCACCGCUCAGGGGUGGGGGGGAGGACAUUAGGUCCCCCCUUAUUCUAAUUUAGGGCCUCCACCCACCGCUCAGGGAUGGGGACCAGGGGGGAGGACAUUAGGUCCCCCCCUUAUUAGUAUUUAGGGCCCCCACCCACCGCUCAGGGGUGGGGGCCAGGGGGAUGACAUUAGGUCCCCCUUUUAGUAUUUAGGGCCCCCACUCACCGCUCAGGGGUGGUGGCCAUGGGGGAGGACAUUAGGUCUCCCCUUAUUAGUAUUUAGGGCCCCCACCCACCGCUCAGGGGUAGGGGCCAGGGGGGAGGACUUUAGGUCCCCCACCUUAUUCUAAUUUAAGGCCUCCACCAACCGCUCAGGGAUGGGGGCCUGGGGGGAGGACAUUAUUAGUAUUUAGGGCCCCCACCCACCACUCAGGGGUGGGGGCCAGGUGGUUGACAUUAGGUCCCCUCUUAUUCUAAUUUUGGUCCCCCACCUUAUUCUAAUUUAGGGCCCCCACCCACCAUUCAGGGAUGGGGGCCAGGGGGGAGGACAUUAGGUCCCCCCAUCAUUUUACUUUAGGGCCCCCACCCCCGCUCAGGAGUGUGGGCCGGUUGGGCAAUAGUGACCAUGGGAAUUAGGGAGUUAUCUAGUAAGCGGCUGCAAGAGAAGUGCCGAAAUUCCAAAGUUCCAAAGUGUCGAAGUGUCUAAGUGCCGAAGUGCUGAUGUGCCGAAGUUCUGAAAUUCCGAGGUGUUGAGAUGUCGAAUUGCCAAAGUCUCGAAUUUCGGAAUGCCGAACCGAACCGAAGAUUUUCCCCAUGCACAUGCCUACUUUGUUUUACCUUUCCAUGCCCACAAAACACCUAUAAGAAGUGACUUAAAGGGACACUAUAGUCAUCAGAAUAACUUCAGAGAAAAGGCAGUGUAUACAUAGCUGCCUAGUAACACCUAUAGUGGCAGUCACUCAGACAGCCACUUGAGGAACUUCCUAAUCCAGUGCUGCAUGGUGUGAACGUCUCCAUAGAGAUACAUUGAUUUAAUGCAGCUCUGUGAGGAAAUACUGAUUGGAACAGCGCAGCAUUUUGCUGCACAUGCACAAUAGCCUCCUAAUGCUCUCUUUCGGGAAAGCAUUGGAUUGGCUGAGAUCAUCAAGACUUAUGAUCUUAGCCAUGGAAGCAGAGCCGUCCGUUCGAGACCGACACAGAUAUGGAGAAAUGUUGACUAAAAACACCUGUUUUUACUCCACAGAGAAGGGGAUCGGGGAUCUAAACUGUCACACAAGCACUAAAGUCUCAGGAAUACAUGUUUGUAUACCUGACACUAUAGUGUUCCUUUAACAAGCAUACUUCAAAACGUAUCUCCAGCUCUACUUUAGUCAAAACUUGGCUAUUUUAGCCUUCAUUUUGCAAAAUAAUUUUCAGUUUACUACACUUUUGAUGUUUAUUGAAUGCAAACAAAAGAGUUAGCAGCACGCUCGAUUAACCGUCUAGGAAUAAAGAAUCUGUGAAUUGAGCACUCCGUUUCUCUGUAAGACUGGAACGAUUCCUAAAACCUAAAUCCCAACAAUUAUUCAGAAAAAUAUAUAUUUAAGCUGGCAAUGGUUACAGCUAUUUAAUUUUAUAUCAGAAACAUCUCAGCAAACUGUAAAAUAUCAACAUCACAAAAGACCUCUAGCAGUGGAAUACAUAAACAUAAUUUAACCUUUCCAUGUGAACUAAAUGUCAGCUAUGUGUACUCAGCCGUGACUUGAACUGCUUCACCAAUAUGUCUGGCUAUUGCAGGUUGAUGUCCCAUGUGACAAAGCUCUGUCAAAAGCGUAGCACCAAACAAAAAACAACUCAUAUUCAAAUAACAACAAUUACAUACAGAUAAGAAUGAGCAAGAUUCUUAUCCUCGCUGAGAAAGAUUCUUUUUUUUUUGUCAAUUCUAUGCCAAUUUUUUCUUAUCACUAAAUCCUAAUUUCAGUCACUUCUUAUCCUUUGUUAUCCGCCUUGACCUCUAAUUCAAGUUCAAGUUCAUUAGGCCUUUCCAAAAUUAAUGGACAUCUUCUGAAUGGAAAAAUUCAAAUUGGCAAACUACGAUCCAUGUUUGCUGUCCAGAAACAGUUCCAAACUAUUACUUUUCUAUUUAAGUUUUCUUUGAUAUUGUUUUCUUAGUUUGAAGCUUCAUUCCCCGAAGGAAUCUGUCCAGGAUGGAGCGUAAUCGUAAAAGGAGAGACAAGCUUCAGCGAAAAUGAGUAAGGAAAUUGUGUGUUCACCUGUUAUUUUAAUCUUAGAAAACAUUGUUCUGAUGGGAGGAAAUAUUUCCCUUAGAGAAACUGUAGUUUUUUUGGGGGGGAAUUGUAAAUUACAAGGACAAUGUUGUGCACUUUUCAAAAUGUUCUUCCAUUUUAAUAUAAAUUGAUGUUCCUUUUGUGACAGCUUUGAAAUCAACUUCCUUAGUGAAUCAGGAGACCAGAUUGCUUUUCAUUUCAACCCUCGUUUCUCAGAGGGCAACAUCGUCUGCAACUCCUUCCUGGGGAGUCGCUGGGGUCAAGAGGAACGUACUGACACGUUCCCAAUGGAAGUCAAUGAGCCUUUCCUGGUAAAUUGUAUUUACACCACCACUGUUAUACCUUGAAUAACUGUUAUAUACCUUGCCGUUGCCCGUGAGUUGAGUUCAUUACUCAUAUACACCUGUGAAGAAGAAACCUUUGCAGUUCAGAAUUCUUCACAUAAUGACUCUCAUGUUGGUCACUAAAAUAUGUACAUCAUAGGCCAGACUGAGCACUCUGCUCUUUUGUCUUAACGGUUCCCCAAAAGCAUCAUCUUCUUUUCCAGUAGUGGCCUACACUUGGCCUACAACAUUUCAGUAAAAGAUACACAAUACUCAGUCUGAAAUACCGUUUUUCCCUAACUUAUCUCAUCUUUUUAUUCAUUCCAGGUGGAAAUAUACUCAGAUCAGGAGCAUUUCCAAAUAUUUGUAGAUGACAACAAGAUAAUGCAAUACAGGCACCGAAUGAAACAGUUUUCUGGAAUCACCAAAGUGCAGAUUUUGAAUGACAUCAACAUUUCCUCAGUGGAGAUCACAAGACGAGAGCUAUUUCACUGAAGCACACAAUUGUCAAUUCUGAUCUAUUAACCUUUGAGUUCCAUAGAGGUGGGCAAAAAAAAUGAAUUCCUAUACAUAAUAAAGUGAUUUAAUGCAUGUAAUAUUUGACUGAACUCAAAGCCACACAAAUACCAACCACAGCAAUUAUGAAAUGAACGUUUUAGCUAAUAUGCAAAGUUUUUAAAGUGCUCAAGUGAUUAAUUGCAAAGGAACACUAAUAUUUAAGUUGGCAAGAUCUUAAUAACGGUUUCCAAGUGGCCUUUUCAUUGCAAGAUCAGUAUCAGCUUAUAAACACAUUACAUAUCAGGAAACAUGUUUUAGAGCCAUAAAUCUCGACAAAGCAAAUACAGGGCAUGCAGCUCUAAAAACAUGGUAAGAAUGUUUAAUUUCAGAAGCAAAUAAUAGCGCCCACUUUAUCAAUGCUUUUUGUACAUAAAGGAAAUUUGGAAUAGACAGGGUUGUUUGUUUCUCAAUGUAAAAAGUAUUUCAACAAUAAAACCAAUACAAAGUAAACUGUGUGCAUAUUCCUUAUACACAUUCAAUAAAUAUUACUUUGCUCUUAAUAGACAGGCUAUGAAGAAGGCAGAAUCAUCUUAGC